GACGAGGAGGGGAAGCCCCGCUGCAGCUUUUCCAGCAGCCUUCCCAGCGGGUUCGACUGCCUCUUCCCCGGGGGCUGGGACAGGGGCUUCCAGCGCCCGAGACGGCUCCGGCGCUCCUGCCUUGUUCUCCCUCGCGCGGGGCUGGGUCUGGGGCUGCGGCUGCAUUAGGACAGCAGAGGUUGCAGGGAUCCUGGUGGAAAUUGCGGGUAGUAUUAAGCUGGGGUGGGGGGACUCUGGACCCUGGCUCCACUGCUGCUUUCUUUCCCCUCUGCUAAGACAGCCGAAGAGCAGAAAGGCCUGGCUUCCCCAGGCCGGUUCCCGAGGCUUUCCCCUCUCGUGAUGGGCGUCUUGCCGCAGUCGCUUCAGGUUCGGGGCCUAAACUGGAGAGAAGAGACUGGCACGGGCUGUGCUGGGCUGGCGGGAGCGCGUCUGUUGGAAAGCAGCUGAACUGUUCCUGGUGGUAAAGCCGAGCUGGUGUUGGCAGAAGCAGGCCCGUGCUUAGUUGUCUUCAGCAUGAGCUCCUCAAAAUCCUCCUCUUCUGGGCUGUCUGCUUGUUUUCUGCUUGGCUAGAAGGACUGAAACGCAGCACAGCCUGCGGCAGUUUGUUUGCUUCCACUUGCAGCUUCUCAGCUGACUACCUUGUUGCCAUUACGCGUUGCGUUUAUGCAUGUUGGCUUCAUUUUAAAUAAAUGUUAACACUUGUGGUAGGGUAAGAGUGAUAUUAUAGCUGUGAUGGUCCAGAAGUGAUGCCACAGGCAUAAUGUGUUAUGCCAGACGCAUAAUUUCUUAGGGUGGUAUCUUUCAUUGGACCAACUGUGUCACUGGGAUAAAGUUAGACAGGAUUUUGAAUGUAAGACAUUUGUAAACAUGGUCAUUUGUGUAGGAGCUUGUUGGAUGCUAUAAAACAAUUUGAGAAUUUUGUCCUUUUGUAGCAACCUUUGACAGCAGAUCCCUUUGAAAUUAACCUACGUAAUUGGAAAUAUUACUUUGUAACAGCACAAAAGUGUUCAAGAGGCAAAGAUUUCUGACCAUGACAUCUUUCGUUAGACCAAACGUAGCUGGGAUAAAGUUAGACAAGCUUUUGCAUGUAAGAUGUUUGUGGGAUCUCUGUGCCUAUGACAUUUGUGUUGCAUUUGAAAGCUUGUCUCAACUUUUUCAACUACAUAGUUAAUGCAAUGAAGGAUAUCACCCCAAGAAAUCCUUCCCUCUCAAACACUUUUGAGUUUAUACAUUGUAAUAUUUCCAUUUACUUUGAUUAAUUUCAAAGGCUCCUAUAAAAUAACACAAUUUUUAAACAAAUUAUUUUGUAGUGUCCUACAGAUUCAUAUGCGAAUGAUAGCAUUUAGCAUGAGCCAUCACAAAAUUAGCUAGUACUAUGUUCAAUGUAGCAUACAUAUAAACAAUUUUAAUGGACUUAGCAAGGGGGGUGUUGUCUGAAGGGAUUUUUGUUGUUUUUGGCUAGUUUUAAUAUUCUUGCAUGUGUCUACAUGUAUAUGCACAAAAAUGAAAAUGGGGAAUCUGGUGAUUUUCAAUGGUUUAAACUAAAAGCAGAAUCUUAAAUAACUCUUCAUUGGUGCAAUGUCUAAUUUUAUGAAAUCACUUGUUUUUCUUCCCUUGAGCAUUGGUGUAUUAUCUGAACACAGCUGUGGAUGCACAGCCUUCAAAAUGCUCAAGUAAACUCUGUAUCCCCUUUUCCUUUUCUUCUGUUUCAUUUUCUCUUGUAGAGGAUCCUUUCUAAUAAUUUAAUUGGCAGUUGACUCUUGUGCUUGUUUCACAAACUUUGAAUCCAUGCACAUUUUAAAAGAUCUUCUCAAGCAAAAGCAGUGGCAUAAAAUUAUCUAGUUAUCUCCUUAGCAAAAUUUUGUUAGUGCUUCUUGCCUUAUAGCCGUGUUAAAGGUAGCAUGCUGAAUUAACUGUAUUUCUGUUAGUCUGUUUAGGUACAGUAUUUUACUACGAGUAAAAUUUUGAGCUUUCUUCACAUUAAAUGAAUUUUUGUAUAGUAAAAAUAAAUCUUAAUAGGCAUUUUGCCUUGGUUUUUCCUUAAUGUUUCAUAUUGCUUAGGAUCAGUAUCUGAUAAAAGUAAAAAAUAUAAUUAUAGAUAGCUCAUUAUACUAUCUAUUUUGGAGUGAGAGAGACUCUUGCAGCUCUCACUAGCAUUCAUUCCCUAACUUAAAAAAAUGUCUCCAAAUAGGGUUUGGAAACAAUUCCAGAGUGUAUACAUGUGGAACUGAAGGUCAGAUUCAGUUGCCACAGUCCAGUGAGCUAUGGAAGCAACUUUUUUUGGUGUAUGACUUGAUGUAUGUUAUUCUUGCAAGUGAGUAGGCUUCGGUAGGUAGCUGAUGUGAGCAAGUGUGGAGCUUAUUGUGAAAAAAAUCUCUUUUUCCUUUCAUCAUCAUAAUAAUGUUCAGCAAUCCUUCUGUAAAGUUGCUUCUCCAAAAGUAAUAUAGCCUGUGCCUAACGGCAUAUAUUCUCUCUUAGGUUUUCUUUGACUUUCAGCGUGCAAAGUCAAUGAGAUUAAUGAUUUAGGACAAUCAGAUGGGGAAUUUAUUUUUGGAAUUGAUCUUCCUGUAUUACCACAAAGGAAUCUAAAACACAAUGUCAGAUAUCUUGGACCAAUUUAUUGAAGAGCAAAAGGCCAAGUUGGCACAAGACAAAGCAGAACUUGAAAACGAUCCUCCUUAUAUGGAGAUGAGGAGCAAAGGUUUAGAACAGCUUUCUGAGACCAGCAAAAUGUUAAUCUCUAUGGCUAAAGAAAAUAUACCACCAAACAGUCAAGAGAGCUGUCCACUAGGUAACUAUGGCUUGAGCUUGCCUCUUGGAGAAGAAUAUGAACGAAAAAAACAUAAACUGAAGGAGGAACUCCGACAAGAUUAUAGACGAUAUCUUUCUCAGGAUAUUUCACAGGCUAAAAGAAAGAAAAAUUAUUUGACUACUGCUGAAGUAGAUCCAUAUACUCAGGGACUAUCUCUUCCCAUUGAUGAGAGAAGAUCUGCCAAGGAGAAACUACGUCUUGAAAGAAACAAGGAAUACAAUCAAUAUCUCAGGAAUAAGGAAGAGUGGAAUGAAAGGUUAAGGAAAAUAGGAAAAAACCCCACAGAGCAUGAGACAGACGGACAUAAAAAACCUGCUGCUGUUAGCAGAGUCCAGCCAGAGCUACAUAAACAAAUAGAAGCCUCUUGCGGAGAUUCAGAACCUCCCAGGAAAGAUGCUUGUACUUCCACAGAAGCUUAUGAAGAGCUGCUAAAUAGGAGACAGCAGGAGGAGGGCAGGUAUCGUAGAUCAGAUGAUGAAGCUGAAGUAAGAGAGAGAAUAUUGCAGAAAACACUUGAUGAGGAACUGGACAUUUCCAAUAGGAAGCAUCACAGGUUUGCUAACAAACCUGACAUUACUGUUCGAAGACAUCACAGAUUUGAUGAGGAUUUUGAUCUUGAUAGAAGAUACCACAGACCUGAUUAUGAUCCUGAAGUAAAUGAGGAAAUGGACUCUAGAUUUAGAUAUGAAAGCGACUAUGACAAAAAGCCUCUGAGGUUUUUCAAUGCUGAAAGAAAUCAGGCAGACAACAAUUCUCCAACCAGUGAACAGGCAAAAUCAGCCAUAGGUAAGGAUGGCAUUCCAUAUGCAACAGGACUCAUUCUCGGUGGUCAGGACCAGGAACUUAUUCAGAGAAGGAAAGAAACAUACAGACAGGAGCUCAUGGAACAGAUGGCUGAGCAACAAAGAAAUAAGAGACGUGAAAAAGAGUUGGAGCUCUUGGUUGCUGCUACUGGAGCUCUAGACCCAGGGAAGCAGCCUGAUAGACUGAAGCAAUAUGGUUUGACAGCAAGAGCCUCUGAAGAAAAGGUACCACCUGAAAGGCCCAGAUCGGCUUUCCAGACACCGCUUCCUGCACCUCCUGUUUCACCAGUGAAUGAGGACUUUCACAGGGGAAUAUCCAGUGCUCUUGGUGAAAUAGUAGCUCCCAGGAUUGCACCUCUACCUCCACCUCCACCACCAACUUUGACUGACAAUUACAGAACACCUUAUGAUGAUGCUUACUAUUUCUAUGGGGCUAGGAAUCCUUUGGAUCCUAAUCUUGCAUAUUAUGGUACAGGAAUGAUGGGAAUGCGGCCUACAACUAAUCUUGCAGUUCCCUUAGGACAGGUACCAGCAGAUCAGUCUGUAAGCAACAGUGGACAGAGAAACAUAGGGGAUAGACCAAAAAGUCUUGGAAUAUUUCCUGAAGAAAAGGCAAAACCCUCAAAAGAAUCAUCUUUAUCUUAUCAGCAAGAAUUGCAACAGCAGAUAAGAGAAAGAGAAGAACGACGCAGACGAGAGAGAGAGGAAAAGCAACAAUAUGAAGCGAAGUUAGAAGCUGAAAUGAGAAGUUACAAUCCCUGGGGAAAAGGUGGUGGUGGUGCUCCUCUCAGAGAUACAAAAGGAAAUCUGAUAACUGACUUGAACAUGAUGCACAAGCAAAAUGAAGAUGCAUAUCAUAAUCCAGAAGGAAGACCAUAUGAAGAUAAAAGGGCUAUUGUUUCUUUUGACCUAGGUUUGCCCUCCUCAAGACCUGAGAAUGCAGAAGCAUCUACAGGUUUCUCAUUUGCACAAACCUCUCCCUUUGCUCGAGGUAAUGUUUUCAGUGAACCACCAUCUGCACAGCAGCUUAAACAACAAGAGUCAUACAAAAAUUUUCUUCGUUUGCAGAUUGAGGAAAAGAGACUCAGGGAAGAAGCAGAGCGAGAAAAACUUAGAAUUGAAGAAGAAAAAGAAGAAAAACGACUAGCUGAACAAAGGAUGAGAAUUCAGAAAGAAUAUGAGGAAGAGCAGGAAAAGAAAAGAAAGAAAGAGGAGGAGCAAAGAUUAAAAAAUGAAGAGAUGAUACGAUUAGCUGAAGAAAGGCGAAAAGAGGCAGAAAAAAAGAAAAGAGAGGACGAAGAAAAACAGGAUGAACAAAUUAGACAAUAUUACGAGCGAGAGAAGACUGCAAAGAUAGAAGAGGAAAAGAAGCUUUCAAGGCAACCUUCUCCUGUAAUUCCUGCUCUUCAGCAUAAAUCUUUAUCAAAAGAAGAGAGACCUACUUCUGUUGACAGUCAUACAUCUUAUUACACACAAGAUCUUCCACAGUCUAGAGUUCUUUCUCCUCCUGUUCCUGCUAGAAGAAACCAGUUGCGUGCCUAUGAGGAAAGAAAAAAUGUGAUAACUGAGCUGACAGAAAUGAGAAAGCAGCUUCGUAGUGAAGAGCGGCGACUGCAGGAACAAUUGCUAAAUGUGGCCAGUGAAGACGACAUAACUACAAGGAAGAGGGAGAGAAAUCCAAUGGAUGUAUUUGAUAUGGCCAGACUUCGGAUGCAGGCUCCAGUGAGGCGACCUUCAUCAAAGGAAGCAGCUGACGCUGUGAAUAUACAGAAUAUCUGGGAGUUUAAUGAUCUUAAGUACAGAGAUUCAGAAACACGAGCAGACUUGAGAUAUAUGUACCCUGAUCCUCCAAGAGAUGAUCAAACCCUAGAGAUUCAACAGCAGGCAUUGCUAAGAGAGCAGCAGAAGAAACUUAAUAGAAUGAAAAUGAGAAGAGAUGAAAAAGAUAUUAUAGAUUAUGAUGAUUCUGCUCCUGGCUUUAACCCACGGAACAUGGGACUGUUCAGGAAUGACUCCAGUGAAUUCUUGAAAAAUUCACUAUUGGAAUCUGAGAGUGCUUUUAUUGAUACUAAUGGGGAAACAUUUUCUGCUUUAGAAGAAGGUUAUGUAUUUUCACAACCCCAGUCAUCUGCAAGGGAGAGGAGACGACUAAAGCAUAAAGCAAAGGAUUUUGCUAAUGAAGUCCCUGUCAGCCAGUCUUCACUGCCUGACAGCUUCUCUUUACACUCAAGCUCCAGUCUCAGUGUUAAUCAGCUGAAAGCCAGGAAUGAAGAACGAUUGAGAAGACUGACUGCACUUCAGAAGAAAUCAGUUCCCUUAGGUGAUGAUGUUUCCCUGGGAGAUGCUGAUGCUACUUUGACUCACUUCCCAUCCAAAGAUGGCAGACGACCUAAGUCUGUUGACACAGUAGCUACAGACCCAUGGCUGCGACCAGGCACAUCGGAGACCCUGAAAAGGUUUAUGGCUGGAGAGUCGAGCCAGGUUAAAGUUACUUCAGAAAACCCAUUCCCUUUUAGUUGGCAGGGCCUGUCAACUGCACACGGUUGAAUAAAUCCACAUUGAAACCAGCUGUGCCUUUCAUCACAGAAAGAAUGUUAAUCACUACUGCACUUUUUAUGGUCUCUUAUAGCGAUAGUCUUAUUUUGUGUAAAUAUUGUGAACUUUUGUAAAAGAUUUUUAAAGUGACAUGUUCAGAGAGAAACUGUAGUGUGACUGAUUUCUGUAAAACAAAGAAAUGUAUAGAGGAUAUCUUCUUAUUCCUGUGUUAAAGUGUACUUUUCUAUAAUUUAAAGAAAUCACUAUUUUUUUUUCCAUCCUUAAAAAAACUGAAACUUGUAUAAACUUGGUGUUAAAUGAAAGUGAAUGUUUUAAGUGCUGUAAAUGUCAGACAAACUCCAGAAAUCUUCAGUCAACCAAAAAGCACAACAGGCAAAGGGUACAUCCUCUUUUAUCCUAUUCAAGGAACUUCUGCUGUUUUUGUGGAGUAAGAAUAGCAUUCGGUAUUUGAACAAGCAAUGAGGUUGUAGCCUGUUUAUGUUCAAUCAAUGGUUCCUGACUUACAGCUGAGAGCGCUUUGUGGGCAAUAUUUUGAUAUAAAUUAUUGUCCAUUUCCAUACCAGUUGCAUUCUACUUUCCAGAAUCAUUUGAGUUCAAAAUAUUAACUAUAACUUUCUGACUCAUUGAAUGUAUUGACAGUGCAAAUACUGAGAAUAAUUUAUGGUUAUGAUUUUUAAAGUUGAAUAAAUUAUAUUUUAUUAAAAUAAA